ACAAUUACAUCAAAGCUCUUUGUGUUGAAGAAGACAACCGGUAAGCGACGUUGCAUUAUUGUUCAACUUGUUGUAAGGUUUGUGAAUAGUAGUUAAAAUUAUUUCAGAAAGAUCGAAAUUUAUUCUUUCUCAACACAGAAUUCAAUGUCAUUCAGAGGUAGAUCUGGAGAUAGGGGCAUGUCAAGAGGUAGAAGUGGUCCACAAAUGAGAGACAACAGUAUGACCCGUGGAACUCGAGGAAGAGGUGGGGGGUUUGGGAGCCGGGGAGGAAGAGGUGGAAUGAUACAAAAAAAUAAUAGUCUUAAAGGAAAGCAACCAGGUGAUAGGCUAAGGAAGCCAAGGUGGGAUCUAAGUAAACUGAUGCCAUUCCAAAAAAAUUUCUAUGUGGAGCACCCAGCUGUAUCCUCUAGAUCACAACACGAAAUGGAAAUGUUUAGAAGAAUGCAUGAAAUCACAAUUCGUGGUCGCAAUGUUCCAUCACAUGUUCAGGAAUUUCAUGAAUGCAACUUUCCAGAUUAUGUAAUUGCUGCAAUUAAGCAACAGAAUUAUGUGAAGCCAACAUCAAUUCAGAGUCAGGGCUGGCCAAUAGGUCUUAGUGGGAGAGAUAUGGUAGGCAUUGCUCAGACUGGGUCAGGCAAAACACUUGCUUAUAUACUACCUGCCAUUAUCCACAUAAGUAAUCAGCCACGCUUGGAAAGAGGUGAUGGACCUAUUGUUUUAGUUUUAGCGCCAACCCGAGAACUUGCCCAACAGAUUCAGCAAGUGGCUUCAGAUUUUGGGAGAAUGUCUCGCAUUCGAAACACUUGUGUAUUUGGAGGUGCACCCAAAGGACCCCAAUUACGAGAUCUGGAGCAUGGAGCAGAAAUCUGCAUUGCCACACCAGGACGUUUAAUUGACUUUCUGGAAAUGGGGAAGACUAAUCUUCAAAGAUGUACAUAUCUGGUUUUAGAUGAAGCUGACAGAAUGUUAGACAUGGGUUUUGAGCCUCAAAUAAGGAAAAUUGUUGAACAGAUUAGACCUGAUCGUCAGACACUGAUGUGGAGUGCUACCUGGCCAAAGGAUGUUCGUAAGCUUGCAGAAGACUUCUUGAGAGACUACAUUCAAGUGAACAUUGGUGCAUUAGAGUUGAGUGCUAAUCAUAACAUACUCCAGAUUGUAGAUGUCUGUGAUGAUUACGAAAAAGAUGCUAAGCUCUUAAAACUUCUGGAAGAAAUUAUGGGAGAGAAAGAAAACAAGACACUGAUUUUUGUGGAAACAAAGAAGAAAGUGGAUGAUCUCACCAAGAGAAUGAGAAGAGAUGGGUGGCCUGCUAUGUGUAUUCAUGGAGACAAGUCCCAACCAGAAAGAGACUGGGUUUUAAAUGAAUUUCGUGUAGGCCGGUCACCCAUCUUGGUAGCCACGGAUGUUGCAGCUCGAGGAUUAGAUGUGGAAGAUGUAAUGUUUGUGAUAAACUACGACUACCCAAAUUCCUCUGAGGACUACAUUCACCGUAUCGGCCGCACAGCUCGUAGAAACAAGACUGGAACAGCUUACACGUUGUUUACACCAGGAAAUGCCAAGCAAGUUAAAGACCUUGUGUCUGUGCUGAAGGAAGCCAACCAAAUAGUAAACCCAAAACUAAUGGAAUUGAUGGGUUCUUCUGGGGGUUUCAGUGGUGGACGAGGACGUAGUCGGUGGAGGGGUGGUUACAGCCAAAAUAAUUAUAAUUCCAGAGGAAAUGACCGCAGAGACAGCAAUCGAGGAAGCAAAAGCAGCAACUAUUCCAAUGGUUCUAACUAUGGCCGACAAAAUGGGCAUACUAACAAGUUCAAUCAGAAUCAGUCUUCAGCUCCACAGCCUAACUUCAUGAUGGCUAACAUGUAUGGCCAGUUUAAUGCUGGAAAACCCAGUUUGUUUCAGUCACCUCCCCCUGCUCCUCCACCUCAAUGAAAUAGUUGUAGUAUCCAAAUUUAAAUAUCUCAUCAACCUUCUAGGCCUAUUUAUUUCUUAUUAAAUUUUUGUUUGUCUAUAGUAGAUAAAUCAGGCUACAUGUUAAUAACUUUACACAAUCCAUACCAACAUUUUGGGCCACUUCUGAAAAAAAAAAGUGAAAAAAAAAUGAUAGACAGGGUCACUGAAAGGGGGGCCAUUCUUUAACAGUUUGUUGUACUUUUGUUUUACAAUGUCUUACAUUCCUUGUCAUAUUUAUUUGUUGUAUGAUGAGUGAAAUAAAGAAGCUAAAAAAUCGUUUUCUUA